AUGGAGCGGAUACAUCCAAACAGACCCCCUUCCUUAACAACGUCCGACAUCUCAGGCACCGACUCGAGCAUAUCGCAUGAAAGCACGGAAGAUGAAAUAGAAAUCAACACCCAAAAGGAUUCGCUAUCCAUAAUGGAUCCAAUCGCGGCUGCUAUAAAACCAGAAAAUAUGCUGGAAAAGUUUGUAGAAGUUGGCGGAAGACAUUACUUGAACGACGCUACAUUAAAAUGUUAUCUGCCCAGUGACCAGAAAGAAUUGUGGCACGGGAAUAUGGUAACAAAUAUGGCGUUGGAAUACCCUGUUUCAGUAUUUGUUGGAAUAGACAUCGCUUCUUUAUUUCCUGAAAAGUAUCCACCAAAUAUGGCAUUUCUUAAGUGCGACAUCCUGGAUGGUCUACCGUUUCCAGAUAACACGUUUGAUUUUGUUCGACAAGCAUAUGUCAUAAUUUGUAUGGAUUGGCAAUCAUGGAAAGAAAAAGUGGUAAAGGAACUAAUAAGAGUAACUAAGCCCGGAGGAUAUAUCGAAAUUAUGGAUAUAGACCGUGAAAUCAUAAACCCGGGAAUACUAACUCCAGCUGCCUUUCCCCCAUCAUUUAAAAUUGUAGUAGAAGAACAUUUUUAUAAAGCCGGAAUUAAUUGA